AUGGAGAUAGAACGUACUUAUUCAUUACUCGAAAGUUUAUUUGAGUAUGCUUUCCAAAAUUCUAUUACUAAGCGCGGAAAAAGGUCAAAUGCUAGUGUUGUAUGUCUAGAAAAACUUGGUACACAUUUACAGCUGACAACACCUGAAGAAUAUGCGUACAUGAAAAAGUAUUAUGACUCUUUGCUGGAUUUUUUGGACUCGAAGGAACAGAAAAUCAAAUGCACUAAAUGGAUUUAUGAAAUUAUGACUACAAACAUGUACAAUUGUGACCCACGUCACUCGAGAAAUGAAUUCCUCUCUCUUAAAUCAUAUCAGCCCUUCAACGCACUACUAUUUAUUUUGUACCAAAAGGAUUUUACGGAUAUCACCACCUGUGGAGAUCUUUCAGAGGAUAUUUUGAUUUUCUAUCGGACAAGAUGUAGACAGGCAAUUGAUACGUAUAAUGCAAAAGUAUCCAUAAAAAACAGGGUGAAUGAAAUGAUUCAAAAAAAAUUUCCUCAGUUUAAUAUGUCUGUUGAAAUUAUUAGAUUGAGCAACAAAAAUUUUCUCUCUGUUAGCCAAAUGCUCACGCUAGGAAUUGUCAUUCAUCGAAUUCGUACAAACGAUAGCAAGGAUUACGCUGAUUAUGAAGCCCUUUUUGAACCACUUUAUGACUUCGAUUUUAUGUCAGAAUGUUUAGAAAAUAUCGGCAUGGUUUGUCCAACCCACUGCCCAAAAAAACCAAACGACAUAUUAUUUCGUGAUAAAACAUCUGGAAUACGGUGUAGAUCUGGUAUUGAUACUGGUAUGCGGUUCUCACGAGAGAGGCUUAUCGAAGCCUAUUUGAAACUGGAUGAUAGAAUUGAUCCAUUAAUCACAGUCAUUUUUUUCAUAACAAAACGUCGAACUUCUCAUUUUAAUAUUAUUUCAAGGCAAAUCUUUAAGCAGUUACGUUCAGGUCAUUUUGAUUUUGAACUACUUGAUCAACGGACUGUAUUACCCGGUUAUUCCGUGCCUUCAAGAUUUACCGGACAAUGGCCAGUUACGGCAAUUCAUCGUGAAGAAAUAAGACAAGUGAGAGAUCGAUAUCACACUUGUGUUGUUAUCCAGAACGAUGUCAGCUCAAAUCCCGCAUCAAAUAAAACUGUUUGGAUCAGCAAAAAUAAGGAUAGUCUCAAAACCCUGCUUUUAGGUUACUUUAACUAUUACGCGAAAAUUGAAAAUAUCAGCGAUAUUUCUAUCGUCCGAGUCGAUAUAUCCAUCAUCGAUGCAGAAAAAAAUGAGAUCCAAGACCCUUUAUCUCCUAGUAAAAGUAUCUCAAUCGGAUGUGACCAAAUAGACUGGAAAAAUUUAAGAAAGGUGUUUAAAGAUGUCGCAAAUUUGUUAGAGGGUGGAAAAAGUCUAGAACAUUUAUUGAUAGAGUCAAUUCAGUACGCCAGCAAUAAUAGUAUUGCUAAAAGCAACAAGUCUCCAUAUCCAACCUAUGUUGUUGAUCUGAAAGAUCUUGAUAGUCAUCUGCAGCAUACAUUGCCUUCCGAAUGUGACCUGAUGAAUACUCACUUCGUCACCUUAUUAGAAUUUUUGAUGUCAGCCGACGCAAGAAAGCAUAUGAGUGACAGAUGGGUCUAUGAGAUAAUGACUACCAAUCAAUACAGCUGCCGUCGAUCGAAUAAUCAUCACCUUGCGUUAAAGUCAUAUCAACCUUACAACAAUAAUUUGUUUAUUGUGAAUUCUAAAAAACCAAAGGCAAGUGUUUUACAAUCACUUUCAGACAACAUUAUGGCUCGUUAUCAGGAAAACUAUGUGGACAAACGGGAAAUUUACGAUAUGAGGAAAAGGAUUAGAGAUAGAGUAAAUGAAAUAAUCCAGGAAGCUUUCCCAAGCUUAGAUAUAUCUGUCCAACUUAUCAGUUGUUGUUACAUUUACUUACGAGCGUGCAGAUUAUCGCAUGUGGAUGUUGUGUUUGCUGAUUCCUUACUAGAUUUAGCUAUCAUUCCUGCUCGAUUUUAUAAACCAGACAAAGAAGAAUUCGAUAAUCACAAACAACCUUAUAAGGCCCUUAAUGACUUUGAAUAUAUCGGCGAAUGUUUAAAGAAAAUGGGUAUGACAGAUGUUGUAUCUCAAACGCUGCAUAAAUUCGCAAAAAAUCUUACAUUUGUGCAUCCCGAAUAUGGACAAAAGUGUACCCUUGGUGUUGAGAAGUACAUGAUUUUUGAAAGAGAAGAACUGUUUGAAGUUUAUUUGCAGUUAGAUCCAAGAAUGAGACCACUGGUUACAUCCAUUUAUUAUUUUAUCCGAAGCCAUCAACUACAUCCUCUCGACCGACAACAUUUUUUGAGUGGUUACUCAUAUAUGAUUAUGAUCCUAUAUUAUUUGUUGAACGGGCUGAGAACCCCUUUAAUUCCCAACAUACAGAGUUUACCAAAUAACGAAUGUAAAGUCGCUGAUUGCUUUUACAAUGCUUACAAAGGGCCCGCCAGUGCCGAAUUUAAAAAAAGAAUAAGGGAAGUUGAAGUACGAUACCAUACCUGUGUUUAUAUCAGACAUGGCAAUGAUGAAACAGAGAUGGAAGGAAAAACAAUAUGGAAUAGUCACAACAAAACCGACUUGGGAACGCUUUUAAUUGGUUUUUUGAAUUAUUAUUCAAUAGAGAAAAAUUUCUGUGCUUGCAUCUCCAUUUCGCCAAUUGGCAAAAGGGGUAGAGUUAAAGACCACUACUUUACUGUGACUAUCCGAGACCCAUUUUUACAAAUACAUAACAUGGCGUGCGGGUGUAAUGAAACCACGAUGAAAGAGCUUACGCAAAUCUUUGGUAAUGCAGCAAAUUUGUUGAUUCAAGGAAAAACGCUGGAUGAGAUUUGCCAGAAUCCUAUAGCUGGCUGUUCUUGUCCUAACUGUAUAUAA